AUGAAACUUGAGAGUUCUUUGGAAGCACUUCAACACUACGGUUAUCCUAUUGAUAGACUGUGUACGCAUUUACAAAAUCCAACCAGUGUUCCAGUGGGAGCGGAAAUUCUAUCAACAACGGUCCUUGAACCACAGCCAACUAAUCUAGAUAUUAAUAGUCAACAGCAAAGCUAUAAGACCGAUCCCCCACUUGGAAGAGGAACAUCACAUAAUAAAGCCACUGUUUCAAACUUUAGUCAUAUUGCACCAACUUCUAGUACAACAUAUCCUAGUCCAAGUGAUGAAUAUGAUGAAGUUAUUACACCGGAAAUUAUUCAAGAGAGCGUCUUUAAAAUGCUUAGUCCUUAUAAUGAUCAAAAGUUUUUAACAGUUAGUCCAAAAAUCGAGAUAAAAAGAACAGCGAACGGUCCAUGUCAAGCACCAGCAAAUAUUGAGCUGGAAAAUUAUAAAGAUCUUUUUUAUGAUAUUCCGUUUUAUACAGAACGAAACAUGAAGAUGACUGGAAAUAUUCUCAAUCGAGCUAGACAAUUAGCUCUGCUAGUCGCUGGUAUUGCUACAGAAAUUUUUAAGCAACCAGCAGUUAUGAUGAAAAUUUAUCGAGAUGCUGACGGGAAUGAUCCACGUAAGAUAUCAUAUUUUGCUAAUAUCACAAUACUUGAUAUUAAUUUAUUUUAG